AUGACAUUCAUGUGUGCCAAUUUUGGAAUACGCUGAAAUGAUACUAAUCAUCUGCAACAGAGGUGAUGGAGAAGUUACAAAAAUGGGUGGCGGAGAGUCAUAUCGACCUUCAGCAAGACCCUCAGACAGACCACGUUCCCCUCCCAGAGCUCGUUCUCCCCCUCCAAGAGCAGACACAUACCGGACAGGUCGUGAUAGAGCACGAACACCUCCAGCAAGUGACAGUUGGCAUCCCGGAAGUCGGGAUCGUUCUCCAAGACGAAGAUCCAGGACGCCUCCUCGCCGUGACCGUUCACCACCCAGAGACAAUUGGCGAGCAAGAGCAAGGUCCCCUCCACGUGCAAGAAGUCCCCCAAGAAGAUUCUCUCCAAGACGAGAUGAUGACCGCCGAGCAAGAUCACCACCCAGGCGGGAUGAUAGGGAUGAAAGGCAUAUAUACAUCUCUUAAUUAUAAUAUUCCAUACUGAACCACUGACAAACUUCAUAGAAGACGUUCAAGAUCACCAUAUGACCGAAACCGAGGACCACCUCGCAACAGAUCUCCAUUGCCUCGAAGAUCACCACCGGCUGGUCCUCGAGGAGGUUAUCGACCUCGCUCCAGGAGUCCUGGUCGACGUGAUGACCGUCGCGAUGACCGUCGUGUUCCUACCGGCCCAAGUGCUGCUUCUACAUGGAGACGUCGUUCGCCAUCACCUAUGAAUAGAGAUUCGGAACGAUCAUCUGGAAGAACAUCCACCAGCACUUCAAGACGGUCCUCGCCUCAUAUGCGUCCCGAUCGUAUUCCUUUAACGCAGGGUGCAGCUCGUGAUGCAAGAGCUCGCUCCCCUCCACGUGCCCGAUCUCCUCUACCUCAACGUGCUAGAUCACCUCCCAUCCAGCGAGCUCGUUCGCCUCCACGUGCCCGCUCUCCUCCAAAUACAAUCCCGUAUACAGACCAGAAUAGGAAUGCUCCUCGUUCACCGGCCUGGGCUCGUUCACCACCAACUGAAUUAAGUUUUAGGAAUCGAGAAGCUCCUAGGCCAGCUCCCCGUGACCGCUCUCCUCCGCGGGCUGUUGCAAGAUCGCCUCCACGUGGACCUGCAGGUUUUAGAGCACCAACUGGACCAAGUGGUGGACGAAGCUUCACAGCCCCCAUCCAUUCGCCAAGCUCAAAUAUGUCAAUGUCAGCACACAAUAGACCAGAAAACACUAGUCCACUUAUUCCUCCAUCCGGACCUCGUGGUUUUGUUCCAUCUGGUCGAGGAGGUGGAUUUAUGAGAGGAGGUAGAGUGGGAUCAUUCGCCAAUGACAGACCAGCCCGAACAGAUACAGGUUCUUGGGGCGCCGCACCUCCAAGUCGUGCUCUUCCAGAAGUCUCUACCCGUGGCAGUACCCCUAUAAGCAGACCUACUCAAACGCCAUCUCCUUCCAUCCCAUCUGGUCCCUCAUCAGCGACCAUCCCUACAGGUCCAUCAGCAGGAAUUCCCACGGGUCCACGAGCUGGUGUACCUUCCCGCGGUCCAUCCCUUCAACACAGCACCUCGGUCUAUGGUUUGCGUACCACACAGCCAAAUAUAUCAACUGGACCACGUCCUCAUCCUGCUAUGGCGAAUCUCCCUCCCAUUAUCCCGGGCGGUAGAAUUGAUCCUACGGCGUCUGGAAUCCCAACUGAGAUUGCGGUUCGACUUAAGAAGAGAGAGGAAGAGGCAGAGCAGUUGAGAGAGGAAUUGCAGAUUAAGCAGGAGAAGUUGAGGAAGGGAUUGCAGGGGUGGGAUAGGUUGAGUAGGGAGAGUGCGGCGAUGGGGUUGAAGAGUGAGUUGAGUGAGAGGCAUGUUAGGAUGUUGGCUGGGGAGGGUGAGGGCGGUGCUGCUUUUUAA